CAUUAAUAUGUUCAUGGUGGAGUCUUCUAGAAUCUGCACAUGAAUUGGGCGUAGGACGAAUGAGAGAAAUCCAUUUUCAUCUAGUAAUCCACAAGCGAGACUCCCGUUUUUCACAUAAAAAUGUCUUCUUUAGGAUCUCUCGCAUUCGAUGAAUAUGGUCGGCCUUUCAUCAUCAUCAAAGAUCAAGAUUCAAAGUCGAGGUUAACUGGGAUCGAAGCACAGAAGUCUCAUAUUCUUGCUGCAAAGACCGUUGCAAACACAUUACGAACCUCAUUAGGCCCGAAUGGCUUGGAUAAAAUGCUUGUCAGCCCCGAUGGUGACGUAACGGUCACUAAUGAUGGUGCCACCAUCUUGGACAAGAUGGAUGUAGACCACCAGAUAGCCAAGCUCAUGGUUCAACUCUCAAAGUCACAAGAUGAUGAGAUUGGUGACGGUACCACAGGCGUCGUCGUUCUUGCUGGAGCAUUGCUGGAGAAGGCAGAACAGCUCCUUGACAGAGGCAUCCAUCCAAUCCGCAUCGCCGAUGGCUACGACAUGGCCGCUAGGAUAGCUACUAGGAGAUUAGACGAGAUUGCAGAUGCCUACGAUGUCAGUCCAAACAACCUCGAACCACUCGUCCAGACAGCCAUGACCACUCUGGGAUCAAAAAUCAUCAACCGUUUCCAGAGGAAGAUGGCUGAGAUUGCUGUCAAUGCCAUCAUGGCCGUAGCCGACCUUGAGAGGAGAGAUGUUGACUUUGAGCUCAUCAAGGUCGACAGCAAGGUCGGAGGCAAGCUAGAAGACACCAUGCUGGUCAAGGGUGUGGUUGUCGACAAGGACUUCAGUCACCCUCAGAUGCCGAAGGUAGUAAAAGAUGCCAAGAUAGCCAUCCUGACCUGUCCCUUUGAACCCCCCAAGCCCAAGACCACACACAAACUGGAUGUCAAAUCGGUGGAGGAUUACAGGAAGCUCAGGGAUUACGAGAAGGAAAAGUUCACAGAGAUGGUGCAACAGGUUAAAGAUACAGGAGCCAACCUUGCCAUCUGUCAGUGGGGUUUUGACGACGAGGCUAACCACCUUCUCUUACAAAGAGAGCUACCAGCCGUCCGCUGGGUAGGAGGUCCCGAGAUUGAGCUGAUUGCCAUUGCUACUGGAGGGCGCAUCGUACCCAGGUUCAGCGAGCUGACUGCCGAUAAGCUUGGCAAGGCCGGCAUCGUCAGGGAGAUUGACUUUGGUACCACCAGGGAUAAGAUGUUGGUGAUCGAAGAUUGCCAUAAUUCAAGAGCAGUCACCAUCUUCAUCAGAGGAGGCAAUAAGAUGAUUGUCGAAGAAACAAAGCGCAGUCUUCACGAUGCCCUGUGUGUGAUUAGGAAUCUUGUCAAGAGUGGUAACAUUGUGUAUGGUGGUGGAGCAUCUGAGAUUGCUUGCUCACUAGCAGUCAGCCAACAAGCAGAAUGGGUAUCAACCAUAGAACAGUAUGCCAUGCAUGCCUUUGCUGAAGCCUUGGAGUCUAUCCCGAUGGCCCUGGCAGAGAACAGUGGUCUUCACCCAAUCCGCACAGUGGCUGAUGUCAAAUCAAGACAGCUGAAGGAGAACAACCCGAGAUUGGGCAUCGACUGUAUGGGCAAAGGAACCAAUGACAUGAAGGACCAGCACGUGUUUGAGACGUUGAUCGGCAAGAAGCAACAGAUCAACCUUGCUUCUCAACUUGUCAGGAUGAUCCUCAAGAUAGACGACAUCAGGGCACCAGGGGGAUAUUAGGAACACAAGUACUUCACAGUAGUCUAGAAUAUUUAAUUUAUUUGCAAAGCUGGCAAAUGCGAACAGCACUGUGUAAAUGAUAGUUGCUCAGUAAAGGGAUGGCUGUUCAACGUGUAAGCAGGAGGUAAUGAGUAAAAUGUGUUUGUAGAGCAAGGAAAUUACUCUUCAGACAAUUCGGUGGAUCUAUUGGUUGCAGCAGACCAGCCGAAAUUUCCCGGGGGGGGGGGGGGGCCCAC